AUGUUGUCGGCAGGAGUGCUGCUAGGUGGCCUGGCCAGCCUAGCGGUUGCGCAGUUCCCGCCAAAGCCAGAGGGCGUCACCGUGCUAAGGUCCAAAUUCCACGAGAAUGUCACCAUUUCCUUCAAGGAGCCGGGCAUUUGCGAGACCACUCCAGGCGUCAAGUCGUAUGCCGGCCACGUCCAUCUUCCUCCGCGGCUCCUUGAAGAUGCAGACGGCGAGCCUCAAAACUAUCCCGUCAACACCUUCUUUUGGUUCUUUGAGGCCCGCAAGAACCCUGAUACUGCUCCCCUCGCCAUCUGGCUCAAUGGAGGGCCCGGGUCCUCGUCCAUGCUCGGUCUGCUCAUGGAAAACGGCCCUUGCUUUGUGAAUGAAGAUUCCAAGUCGACUGUGCUCAACCCGUGGAGUUGGAACAACGAGGUCAAUAUGCUGUACAUUGACGAGCCCAACCAAGUUGGCUUUUCCUAUGAUAUCCCCACCAACUGCACGGCCAAUCUCUCAGACGGGGGCUUCAAGCUUGAGCCCGCCGACUUCUCCACUCAGAUCCCCGACCUCAACUUUACCUCCAUGGCUGCCCACGCCUUGUGGCACUUUGCCCAGGCCUGGUUCUCCGAGUUUCCUCACUACAAGCCCAGCGACGAUCGCAUCAGCAUCUGGGCCGAGAGCUACGGAGGCCACUACGGCCCGGGAUUCAUGCGCUUCUUUCAACAGCAAAACGAAAAGAUUGCCGAUGGCACGAUUGAGGAUGAGCACGCCCACUUCCUUCACCUGGAUACACUCGGUAUUGUCAACGGUUGGCUCGACUCUCUGAUUCAAGAGGAGGCGUACAUUGACUUUCCGUACAACAAUACUUACGGCAUCCAAGUCUUUAACCAGUCCAUCUACGACGAAUUAAAGCACAAUUUCACAAAGCCAAAGGGCUGCAGAGACCAACUAAAGAGAUGCCAGCAGAGCCUCAGUCUCUUUGACGUUGCGACCAUCAACGACCAGCGAGUCAACUUUGUCGACCUCUGCGAGAUGGACAGUUGGUGCGACGGUGCGGCUGUUGGUACCUACUUUGGCCUCGACAGUGGUUGGUUCGAUAUUAGCCAUCCUCUCCGGGACCCCUUCCCGCCGAGCCAUGUUUAUGGUUAUUUGACCGAGGAGGCCGUCUUGGGCGCCAUUGGAUCCCCAGUCAACUUUACCGCUACUUCGGCUGCUGUGAGCAGCAACUUUGCUAGCUCCCACGACGACCAGCAUGGAGGAUUCAUAGAUGCUGUGGGUUAUCUGCUUGACCACGGCGUCAAGGUUCACAUGAUGUACGGUGACCGUGACUACGCAUGCAACUGGAUUGGUGGCGAAAAGGCGUCUCUGGCGGUCCCCUACUCUCACUCCAAAGACUUUGCGAACGCGGGUUAUGCACCACUCUUGUCGGAGAAGGGCGUGUCUGGCCUGACUCGACAAUAUGGUAAUUACAGCUUUUCCAGAGUGUUUCAAGCGGGCCACAUGGUGCCAUCGUAUCAGCCAGAAGCUGCUUACGACAUUUUUAUGCGCGCUACGUUUAACCGCGAUAUCGCGACCGGACUGCUGCUAGUCAAGGACGAUUUGUCAACGGAUGGGCCCAGUGAUACCUGGCAUGUCAAGCAUGAACCGCCCGAGAGGCCUACGCCCAAGUGCUACAUCCUGGCACCUCAGAGCUGUGUGUCUGAGCUGUGGGAGAAGGUUGUGGCUGGUACUGCUCAGGUUAGGGAGUGGUUUGUCCUUGAGGAGACUGAAGAAGAGCAGGUGACGGAUGAAUUGUAG